CUUUAGUGAUAAACUUUAAACGUUCUAUUUUUUCAACCUUUAAUGUGUACAAUACUUCCAACUUGUAAUGAUUGCUUGAAAGAUACACCAUGGCGACCAAAUUAAAAUUCUACUGUGCGUGGUUCUGUCCAUUUGCACAGAGAGUGUGGAUUGCUCUUCUGGAAAAACGUGUGGACUUUGAUUACAUAGAAUAUAAUCCCUACAGCGGUAAUACGGCGGAAUUCUUACGCCUAAACCCCAGAGGCCUCGUUCCUGUUCUUGAGGUAAAUGGACGAGCAGUUUACGAGUCCGACAUUUGCAUCGAAUUUAUUGACGAAUACGGAGGGCAAGCUAACAAACUACUCCCCUCUGAUCCCGUGGAACGCGCCAAUACAAGAAUAAUAUGCGGUUUCAUAUCACGCGAGAUAAUCCCUGCUUUUUAUGGUAUGUUGUUAAAACAAGAUAAAAACACUCAGGAGAAAAUAAAAUCAGAGUUACUAAAAAGCUUGAAAACACUAAUGGAAUUCAAGUCGGAUUCGUCUACAUUUUUUGGCGGUGACAGGUUGGGAAUGGCGGAUAUAAUGCUGGUGCCAUUUGCCUUAAGAUUCCCUGUUCUCAAGCAUCACAGGGGAUUUGAAGUUCCUCAAGGUGGCAAUUUCAAGAGCUUUCAUAAAUGGAUGUCUGCGUGCAAGGAGCAACCAUCUAUUGUCAAGUCUUCGCGCGAUAUUGAUAAAGCCAUUAUGGUUUACCAGUCUUAUGCAGAUGGAACUGCAAAAGUUAGAAGUAAAAUUUAAAUUAAUACACUGUCUAUAUAUUUAUUGUCCAUCAAAUUGUAAUGUUGACCUGAGCAGGAAUGGAUAAUAUUUAUGUGCUGAAAUGUAAAGUAAUAUUUUGUUUUUAACAUUUUCAUUUGACUUUGUACAUUUUUUCAAGUUUGUAUAUUUAGUUGUUAUUGUUUUAUUAUACUGUAUGUACAACUUUUGAGCAAGACAAUCAAAUUUUCUUACUGAAAUCAUUGCCUAAAUUCAAUUUUUUUGACUUUUCUGGUUGAAUUUGUACAUUUUUCACAUUUGCAUAUUAAGUUAUUACUGUUUUAUUAUAUUUACUACCUUUGAACAUGACGAGCAAAUUUUCUAAUUGAAAUCAUUACCUAUAUGUAUCUAUUUAAUACGUAAACAUGUAAUUCUGUCCUGUUGGAUGUAAUUAGGAAUAAAAAUAGCCUUGUAACAAAUUUGAUACACUUACUCUUGAAAAUCUCAUUUCAAAAUUUAUCAUGUGAAUACUAUUUUGAAUGCAAAGUCGCGAGAGUUCGUAUAGAUAUUUGAAGUAUAACAGUCAGGCACAGAAGACUACUUGAAUCGCGUCCCCGUAGAGAAAAAAUCGUGAUAUUAUUAGAUUAUAUGUGUUCAUUUUUGUCUCUCUGACGUUAUGAUCAGCGCAUUAAUUGAAAAAAGUGAAUUAUAUUGAGAUUAUACCGAAAUAAAAUCGACAUGAAGCUUUAGUAGCGUCGAGUGUUUGAAUUCUAUCAAGUGGAAGUCAUUGC